UUUUGUUUCACCUGUAAUUUAAAUCUGAAAUUUUCUUAGUCUUGUGUGAUUAUUAAUUUAUCUGUGCUGCCGCUGUGAUUGUCAUUAUCGAAUAAUCUGUGAUUGUAGGGAUAAAUUAAUAUCAUCAUAAUCUGUGACUGUUAUUUGUUUACUCUUACUUCAAGUCAAUAUAGUUCUCUGUGUAAAAAAAUAUGUGAAAAAUUAAAAGAUUUAAAUUACUAAAGGAGUUAGGAUUUUAAAUAGCGCAAAGCUAAAUAGUAAUUGAAACAAUUUGAAAUAUAAUGUGUACUGAACAUGAUGAAAAUAACGAAAUAUUGCAUAAAAACUAUUCUACAUUUCCCGACUAAAGGCUCUUUUCUGCUAAAAAUGAACUCUGCAAAUUCAAGACCGUUUACUGUGCUUGUAGAAGGUAAUAUAGGAAGUGGAAAAACUACUUUUCUAGAGCAUUUUAGACAAUUUGAAGAUAUAACUCUGCUAACGGAACCAGUAGAAGAAUGGCGUAAUCUCAAAGGCUGGAAUCUCUUGGAUUUGAUGUACAGAGAUCCUUCAAAAUGGGCGAUGACUUUCCAGGCGUAUGUGUCUCUUACUAUGUUGGAAAUGCAUCGCAGACCGACAAGCACUCCAGUUAAAUUGAUGGAACGUUCUAUCUUUAGUGCCAAGUACUGUUUUGUUGAACAAAUGAAGAGGCUAGGCACACUACAUCCUGCACAAUUUGCAGUUCUAGAUGAGUGGUUUAAAUUUAUCAACACAGAGAUUCCAGUUGAAGCUGACCUCAUAGUGUAUCUCAAGACUACCCCAUCUGUAGUUUAUGAUAGGAUUAAAAAACGGGCUCGUUCAGAAGAGCAGUGUGUUCCACUGAGCUAUAUAGAGGAGCUACAUAAACUUCAUGAGGACUGGCUUAUUAAUAGAACUCAUGCUGAUUGCCCAGCACCUGUAUUAGUAUUAGAUGCAGAUCUUGAUUUAUCUCAAAUAACAGAAGAAUAUAAGAAAAGUGAACACCAAAUCUUAAGAAAAGCUGUAAAUGUUGUUAUGCAAUCACCAAACAAGUUGAGCCCAAAGAAACCAAUCACGGGUGAUGCUAUUCAGAUUGUACCUAAGAUAAGACUAUAACUAAUUUGAAUAGUUAAUAAGCUUAAUUUAUUAGGAGUUAUAUUUAAAUUAUGUAGGAAUGGUAAAUGUCUGUUUGAAAGGAAAAUGUUACUCUAAUAACAUUGUUUGACAUGAAACCAGUGACAUUUAUAUAGGAAUAUCUUUGCAGUAUUAUAGUAGGAGAUCCAGCCCUAAAUCGUCCUUCACCGGGGUGAUUAAUGAACGAAACAUAUUUUAAUAAAUUUAAAAUAUUAAAAAAUAAAUAAACAAUGGGUUCGCUGAAAAAAUCCUGGACAGGCUAUAUUAAAUUAUUAAUUAAAAAAUGAUUUUUUAUUAAAAAUUGUACUGAUGAGAUUAAUAAGAAAAUCUCAUACCAGCUGAAAGUAUGAGACUUGCAGAAUGUGCAAUUGUUAGGUUCUUUAUUUUUUUCCUGGACGGACGCAAGGUUCACAGGUAUACACAGGUAUAUUGAUAGUAGGUUUUUACACUGAAAUCAUUAAUCAAUGAAUUUUAUAUCAACGUGAGCGCUGUUUUAUUGCAAACACGUUGAUAUAAGGUUCACUGCAAAAAUGUUGGUCCUAAGUGCGGUUCGCGAAUUUUAAAAAUUGGAAUAUUAGUCCGGCUGGGAAUAGGCCGACAAAGAAGUCCGAGCUGAGAAUCUCAUGGGACAGAAAAAGAUGGAACAUAGCA